AUGUCGUAUAGCUUACCAUAUGCUGUGAUAGCGAGCAAAUGGUUCAUUUGCAUAUUCGCUGAGGUGCUUCCUGUUGAAACCGUGCUGCGUAUUUGGGACUGUGUCUUUGCGGAGGGAUAUAAGAUUGUCUUUCGCGUUGCGCUAGCAUUAUUCCUAACACAUAAAACAGCAAUACUCGGUUGCGAUGAUAUCGCCGCAUUAGCGAAUUUAUUUCGUGAAAAUAUGAUGCAAGGUGACAUUGUUACCAACUGCCAUAGUUUUAUAGAAGCCAUGUUCAAAAUACGUUUGAAACGUAGUGAGCUGGAGGCGUUACGCAAAGUGUGCGUAGGACGCAAUAAUACCUAAGAAGAAACUAUUUAAAGGAGUACUACAACCAAAUGCAAAAUCUUCAUAAACUAUGUAGUACUUGCGGCUUAAGUUACUUAAAACACCUACGUACAUACUAACUAAAUAACUAAAGGCAACACACAAACUACCUAAUUGUCAUACGUAUGUAUGCACAACAACACAACACAAGCUAAUAAUCAUAGGAUAAUUGGUAUGUGACAAACUUAAAUGAGUAGCAAUGAUUAAAUGUUAGGAAACCAGCUAAUGUUCAUUACGUUAGAGGAAAUGCUUAUUAGCCACAAAAGUAUCGAAUUGCUUUCAACAAAACAUAAGUUUAGAAUCGAAGAACAAUGAUAAUAAUACAACAUGUUUAACAUAUUUAGAUAUGUAUACACAAGAAUACACUAAGGCAUUAAACGCAACCAAACUACCAAAAUAUAUAGAAAGUAAUUUAAGUUACAAAUAUUUACAUAAAUAGUUUUAGAUUAAAGAUAAGAGUUUACCAUAAUUAUAGAAUGUGCGCAUACUUGUAUUUAUUACAUAUAUUCUAUAUGUAUGUAUGGACUUACGCAUGUGUUUAAAUGUAUGCAAAUGUAUGGGAGUGUGAAAUUUAAUGGCAUGAGUAUGCUUACAUUAGACAAAUAGUUGCUAUGAUUGCUAUUGUUAUUUGUUUAGUAAAAUCUAAAAGAAGUAAACGCUGAGCAAUGCUUUUGUGUACAACAAAUUAAAUUAUUUUGCGUGCUGAAAUUAGUUUUAAGUAGCUUAAUGAUGGAGUAUGAUCAAUGCCAUGUUUUUAAACUGCAGAUAGAUAUUACAAUUGUUCGCAUUUUGAAGCGGAAUUGAAGCUUAAAUUGGCAAAAACAUGUUAAUGGAAGAGGUAGCAAAUACAUAUGUAGUUGCCUUUUGGCGGAAGUUUACAUUAAUAUAAAUACUUUAAGUAUUCUUUUCACUUCCAGUAUCUCGAAAGUUAAAUUUUUAUUACAAUUAUUUCUGAAAUACUUAUACCUGAGUAUUGUUUAACGGAUGUUUAAAGAACUUAUGUAGAUCGAGUUUGCAUGAACAAAUCAAAGUGUUGCCGUAUGGCUUCAACAUUUAAUUAUGUAGUUUAUUGCAUUGCUUGGAACUGAAAUUAUUGAUAUACUUUGUGCAUUUAAAAGAGAUUUGGGUUGGACUCGUGAUUGCGAUACACAGCUUGAUGCGACUUGCCGGGUGCAACAGCGAGCCAAUGAUGCGACUUAUUAGCGGACAAAUCCUUGGAAUCGUAGAAACUAUUCAGCUAUGAUAUCAGGUUUCCAAAAGCGAUUUUUUCAAUCCUGUCCAUAAUCGGCAGUCUGUUGCUUGGUUUCGAAAACACUGCGUUUCAGUAGCAGUCGCAGGGAGUUUUGUUGUUUUUGGCUUCGUUAAAUAUACCCUUUGAAUGUUGAAUUCUGAGAGAUUUUGGCAUUGUGUCAGUUGUGUUUAUACAGCAACUGUUAGAGCCUUUUAAUGAAAUAAUAAUAAAUGGAGUGUUCCAAACGAUUUCAGCCAUGAAAUCAUGUGAAAUCGAUCUACAAAGCGGCGCUGAGUUAAUGUUUAAUACAUUUCUAUGUUUUAAAUUUUAAUAGUUGAUAGCAUCGGACAAAUUUAGUUAUAUAAUAUUAUUGUUUUCAUAGAUGUAUGGAUAGUUUAUCUCUUGUAAUACUUAAGAAUAAAAAAUUGUUCAUAAAAAGCUUUCUUAAACUAUUAAAAUGGUAUUAUUUUGCACAUAAAUAAGUUGAAACUGAAAAUAAAAAUUUAGGAACUUGAAGCAUGUUGCACACUAGAAUAGAAAUUUAUUUAGUCAAAUUGAAGAUUAAUGAAACAAAAUAUUGGCACUCACAGCUAUGAACAAAUUAGAUGGCUUAAGAAUUGAAAACAAAUGAACUAAGUAGAGGAUAAAUGUGUGUUUAAACAAUAAUAGUUUUAGUAGCGGGCUCCAACCAACGAAAUACUGGACUAAAAUUGAAUGCAGACCACAAAUUUUAUUUGCAAUGUUCUAUAAUACAAACACACACACA